AGUUAGGGCCUAACAAAACGAAGUCCACUUUUUCAAUCUAACUAGCACUCAGACUUUGAGGAUCCAUUCCUUAAUCCUAGUAGCUCUAGUUUUGGUAAAUUUUGACAAUAUAUAUUUAUAUAAGCAAGAAAACCAGAAUUUUUUUACCCGAGUUCGGCAAAAGAAGACCGCAUAACCAUUAAUCACACCAGUUUGUUUCACGUCUGAAUACCCGACCCAGCCAUUGUGGAUAUACUGAAUUUUCUUAAAGAAACUUUUAUGGUUCCAGGUCAAGGAACCAGACCACAUGCGCAAAUCUGUCUUCGUUCACAGCUCUUUGUCGCAAAUUUUACGUAGCUGUUUUACCCCAUAAUUUCCCUCAAAAACCAAUGCUCGUCCCUCUUUUCUUUCUGAUAUGAAAGAGGAAAUCACCACCAACUAAUUCAGGACAAUGAAUGUGACAGUUCUUGGAAGAAUCCGGCCCUCGACAUCUGUUGGCAGUGAGAGUUCAGGAUCGUAUUCAGGUGCACAUGGACAAGCACACCCAAGUUUUCAGACUUUGUACAAACAAGGAGACACCAACAGGUUCAUUUACAGUGAUGCAAUACUCUCCAUGGUUAAACUCCUGGGGGCAGGCUUCAACUGCUGCGUGCUGUGCUUUGGCGAGAGUGGGUCUGGCAAGAGUUACACGUUGGCAGGGGAGGGAACCGGCCAGCCUGGUAUCAUACAGAUGAUGCUGAAGGAUCUCUUCAACGAGGUAGACAGGUUGCAUGAUAAUGGAACCUCGGCCCAUGUUAAGAUUGGCAUGUAUGAGAUAUACAAUGAGAUCAUACGAGAUUUGCUGAGUAUUGACCGACAUAGUGCUGUGUGUGAUCUUGGUAUUACUGCUGAAGAUGGAGUCUAUGUGAAGAAUCUGAUUGAAGUCCCUGUUAUGAGUGCUUCAGACUCCCUGUCAAUAUUCCACAGUGGUUGGCUGGCGCAGAACACUCAAAACACCGAUUACGGAGAGGCUGGUGCCAGAACGACAGUGGUGACUAGGAUCCAUCUCAUACAAGAGAGAGAGGAGUAUGGCUAUCCGUACAAGUCAACGUUCACCUUUGUGGAUCUCCCCGGAGCUGAGAAACUAGCUGCAGAUCCCAAGGCCUUGAAGAGAAUGGAAGGGACCUUGCUUAAUAAGUCCCUUCUAGCUCUGGGAAGUUUGAUCGAAGAAUUAGCCAGGAAACCUGGGGCUGCAAGAAUCCUAUCAUAUGAGGCCUCUAAGCUGACCAAUCUUUUACGUGAUGCCCUGGGAGGUAACUGUAACACCAAGGUCAUAGUUCACCAGAAGCCACGAUCUGAUGCAAGGAUCACCCAGGCGGUGCUGAACGCUGCGGAAUGUUUUGGGCAGAUCACAAACUUCUUCUUGUUAAAUGACACAGCAGCACAGGGUCUGAUCACUCAGUACCGAGCCCAGCUUCUCAUUAAGCAGUCACAGUUACCUGGCCCUUCUGCACCGGCCGUGUUUGACUCUGACGAUCUGGCAGGGAAGAACGCCAAGCUGACAAAAGAAAAUAUGAAGCUGAAAGAAGAAGAAGGAUACCUUAGGAGGAAGCUAGACCAACUUGACAGUCGUCUUGGUGAUGUUGCCAUGGUGAAGACAGAUUUAUCAGCUAAGCUGAUCAAUUCUGAGGAGGAGAAACUAAGGGUUUCUAAGUUGCUUGUGGAUCUUCAGAUUGAGAAUAAUCGCAUCAAGGAGAAGGCCUCUCAGGAAAUAUUUGAGCUGAACAACAAGCUGAUGUCCAUAGACAGCGAUUACAGAGAAGUCCUGAUGGCAAAAGAGCGGCUUGGGAAGGAGACUAGGCUAUUCCAUGAGAGACUAGACCUAGUGGAGAGGGAACGACAAGAGCUAGCUGACAAGUACGUCAUGAUGAAAGCUGACUACGCAGCUUUGGCCGAAAAAUAUGACAGUGAGGUCAGCCGUAACCAGGAGUUGGGCUUGGAACUACUGAACCUACUGAACGCCAAAGUCACUCUCCUCAAGCAAGAAGAGAACUUGGCCCUAGCCUCAGACCACAAGAGAGAACAGACAGCGGAGGAAUUGAGACGAGCUAGGGACAUUGCGUUGGGACUUAGCAGCAAGAAAGAACGAGCCGAUGAAAUUGGGGCAUCAGACUUGGACAGACGGGAACUGCAGAACAAGUUAUUUGGAGAUGAAGAGAGAAUGAGAAGUGAAUUUAACCAGAUGAGAAACCAGUAUGAUCAACAACAAGACAAGCUGCAGAGCAGGAUAAUGGAGCUGAAUGCAGCACUCAGGAAUGGCAGACAGAUAACAAGAGACUAUCAACGCAAGCUGGCUCAACAAGAUGUGGAGCUUAUCUCGUCUCGUGAAGAGGCCCGAGAAGUGGCUGUUGCCAAUAGCCGAUUGCAGACCCAGUUGAUGGAGAAAAAUGAGGAGAUGAGGUCUCGCCUCACUAAGUAUCUGGAGGAUAUUGCUGAAUUUGUGGAUGACCGGGACGCGACCCUCAAUCGCAAGAUGGAGGAUAAUCUCACCAACUAUGUGAGAAGUAUGAUAAAGGAUAUGAAGGAGACAUACAAGGCUCGGGAGAAACAGUUGAGUGAAGCAGCCAGGGACUUCAAGAUGAAGAUGCAGUCCAUCGGCAAAAAGCAUGAGCAGCUCCUUGUGGCUUACAGAUUCCUGAGGAAACAGGUACAAAAAGGAGACAUCAGCGAUGCUGAUCUGGGCCCUCAGGAAGGAGAACUAACUCUUAAAGAUGACGAGGUGGAAUCUGCUAAUCGACGUGAGAUCAGACGGCUGACUGAAGCCUUAUUAGAAGCACAGAAAAAACAAAGCCCUGCCGAUUCAGACGACAGCGGAGAGUGGAAUGAACUACAGAAAAAGCUGGGAGAAUUUACCAGUAAGACACAGCAAGAGCUAGAGACCGAGAGAGCCUCUUUGAUGUCCAUGAAUGCCAUCCUGGAAGAACAACUUGCUGAAUGCCAUGACUACAUUAACAGACACUUCAACAAAUACAGAGAGGAGAAUGCCUCCUUGAGGAGAAUGCUUGGCAUGAAAGAGCGUGAAGGAAAUACCUAUGAGGACCCUCCGAUCCAAAGACGGCAGAGAGCAGGGUAUCCUAGGCUAGCUGGUCCAUCACACACUCAACCAAGCUGGCAGUACUAGGCGAAGCCAAGAGAAGCGUGAGAUGCGGGAAGCAUGGCUUGGCUUGUAAACCCACUCAUUCCUGAGCCAAAGUAGAAAUAGAAGAAAUUAAGCCUUACUGUGGAUGUCAAAAAGCUUGCCUUGGUGUGAUCCUUACCUUUGUAGACUGCUGGUCCUGUAGCCAGACUAGUAAGUCUGAGAGAUGAGGUUUUUCUUGAGGUGAAGUUUAUUUUUAGGAAUUGCCUUGGCUGAAAGCUUUGGUACAUCUCGCGUUCAUCCAACUUGCUGAUGCAAAGAGGGAUCCCUUAUGCUUAGACUCAGAAAGAACUUGCCUUACGUGUAGCUUGGCCCUUGAGAUGCCAGUCCAUUAUUCAUUCAAUCAACCUUUUCCAGAACCAGAAUUUCAGAACUUACAGAGAAUUCGAGAUCCGAGAAGCAAAAUCAAAGAUCUUCCAGAGGUUUUAGUCCAAAAGAAACAAGUAUGUGUCUCCCAUAAACUCCACUAACAGUGCAACAAUUAAUAACCUGAAGAAACUUUAAGCCACUCAGAUGCUGAAAUGCCUCAUAUUCCUUGGGCCAGAGCAAGAGAGAUCCUUGAUCUGUUAACACAGUGCUUACUGGGAAUUUUAUUUAAGGUUUGCCUAGAAGCUGGGGUUCAUGUGCCGCUCUCUAGUUCAUCUGAUUUAUUCCUGCUCUCCAGAAUUUUGUAGGCCUUUAAGUUUGCAAACCGAGAAACCUCUCCUCAUUGGCUUAACACUUUACAGUGUGAUGUUCUGACCAAUAUGGAGCGGGAAUCUUCAACAUCAAAGAAGGGAAAAAAUAAGUGAAACUAGUUAACAUACAAAGAAAGCCUGGCGCCUUUGAGCCUUCACUCUUUCUUGGACUUUGGUGGAGCAUCCCCUCCCCCCCCAAAAAAAACUGGCAAGGCCGAGGAACUAGUUAAUAAGGAAAAAAAAGCAUCUUCCGCUGGAGAUGUCCACAUACAUGGGUUUGAAGUGCAUGCUUAGUUACGUACGCAACUCCCUUCAAAGGAGCAUUUGAGAGCCAUGUGUGGCCUAGAGUAGGGAUGUCGUAUAGCUUUAUCUUACAUAGCUUGAACUUUUAAAACUUGUCAACCAACUCUGUAAAUGUAUUUAAACGUAGCUUCAACUAUUCCAAACUUGAUGUCUAUUUUCCUAUUCUAAAAAUUCUGAAAUUCUGCUUUGACAGUCGUUCUUUAAAUAUAAAUGUACAUAGGUAGAAAUGAUUUUAUAUUUUAUAGAAUUGUAAUUUCCUCUGAAUAUCUUAAAGUAUGAAGAUUGCUUGAAAAGUUAUUAGUAUUAAUUUCUGCGUCUCACGACUAGUAGAGUCUUUCAUUUUUUUUAUCAGACUAUAAACUCUGCGGUCCUUGCUUAAAUGGAGGUUGCUUUGUAUGGACAGAGCCAUUUUGCUCAGGAAACAGUCUCUGAGCAGUCGCUUAAUUGACUGGCGCGAUCACUUAAUGCAAAACUCCACCGGGGACGUCCCCCCUGGGUCUUGAACCGGCCUUGUCCGUAAUAAACCUUACAUGGACUGUGUGUGAUACAUGUAAUCA